UCGAUUUUUGGAGCGUUGUAUCGAAAUAAAUAUUUAGCUACUUGUAUAUUAAUUAUGAGAUUAAUUAUUCAUACGGAUUUUUAUGAGAAGAUUUUGCAUCUCGUGAAAGUUUGUGAACUUUGAACCCAGAGUGACUUGUAAAAUAGGGAAGGAAAAACAACUGUAUGGGAGUGUCAUUCUGUGAUACAUUGUCGCUUAGAUAAGAAAUUAGUUUGCGUGUCAUUUACGCGAGGAAUCCACGAAAUUGAGGCGUUUUAGUCAUUUUAUUCCACAUUAAUUCAAAACUAAAUAACUCUCACAAUGGCUCAGAAACCCAAAGUUUACGUUGUAGGGGUGGGUAUGACAAAGUUUGAGAAACCAGGCAGACGCGAAAACUUCGAUUAUAAUCAAAUGGGAAAAGAAGCCACAUUGAAGGCCCUCGAGGAUGCUGGAAUUUCAUACAAUGAAGUCAAAGCUGCUUGUGUUGGGUACGUGUAUGGAGAUUCCACCUGUGGCCAAAGAGCAUUGUACGAAGUUGGUUUAACUGGUUGCCCAGUUUACAAUGUGAACAACAAUUGUUCAACUGGAUCCACCGCUUUAUUAUUGGCUAAGCAGAUCAUAGAAAGCAGAAACGCCGAUUGUGUCUUGGCUCUUGGUUUCGAGAAAAUGGAGCGCGGAUCACUCUCUUCCAAAUACUUCGAUCGUACAAAUCCCAUGGAUAAACACAUCACUGUUAUGGCUGAUAUAACAGGCAUCAAUGACAGUCCAUUGGCUGCACAAUUAUUCGGAAACGCGGGUAUUGAGCAUAUGAAGAAAUACGGAACGAAACCCGAACAUUUUGGAAAAAUUGCCUACAAAAAUCACUUACAUUCCAUGAACAACCCCUACUCCCAAUUCCAGGAUAAAUACACCCUAGAACAAAUUAUGAAUUCUCCCAAGAUCUUUGGACCUCUCACAAAAUUGCAAUGCUGCCCUACCUCCGAUGGAUCAGCUGCUGUGGUUCUAGCCAAUGAAGAAUUUGUAGUAAAACACAACCUUCAGUCCCAGGCAGUGGAAAUUGUGGGAAUGGAAAUGUCUACAGAUUUGCCAUCCACUUUUGAGGAUCGUAGCUGCAUGAAAAUAGUUGGAUACGAUAUGACGAAAAACGCGGCAGACAAACUGUUCAGCAACACCCAAUAUAGACCAUCCGACGUGCAAGUUGUAGAAUUACACGAUUGUUUUUCCGCCAACGAGUUGAUCACUUAUGAGGCCCUCGGACUUUGUGCACCAGGAAAAGCUGGAGAACUCAUAGAUUCUGGAAACAACACCUACGGUGGAAAGUACGUGGUGAAUCCUAGCGGUGGUUUAAUUUCGAAGGGUCAUCCUUUAGGAGCGACUGGUUUGGCUCAGUGCUCUGAACUUUGCUGGCAGUUGAGAGGCCAAGCUGGCAAGAGACAAGUUCCUGGAGCCAAACUUGCCCUUCAGCACAAUAUUGGUCUCGGAGGUGCGGUCGUCGUCGCCCUUUACCGUCUAGGGUUCCCACAAGCAGUUCGGCGCAACAACGUCGCCGCUACUGCCGAUCCUUCAAAAUUCAAAGCAAACACGCUUUUGCAAGCGCUUGAAGUCGCCAUGCAGGAGGAUGAGGAAGGAUUCAUCGAAGGCGUUCGCGGAAUUUAUGGACUCAAAGUAACCAGUGGACCUGAUGGCGCUGAAGGCUAUUGGGUAAUUAAUGCCAAAGUUGGAAAGGGGAAAGUCGAAUAUAAUGGGAAAGACAAGCCAGAUGUUAUUUUCACGAUCAGCGACACUGAUGUUGUCGAUUUUAUAUCUGGAAAAUUGAAUCCGCAGAAGGCUUUCUUUCAGGGAAAAGUCAAAAUUCAAGGAAAUAUGGGCUUGGCAAUGAAACUGCCUGACUUGCAAAAACGCGCAUCCAAGAAAAUCGAACACAUUCGUUCGAAAUUGUAAAUUUUUGUUAAUGGGAAAAGGGGAAGGUUUUGUAUACAAUUAGAUUUAAAACGUAAGAGCAAAUUUUAAUACUCUAAUGUUUUUGAAGGUGCCUUAUUGGCUCUCCUUAGGGAGAUUUCUAAAUAGUUAUAUUCAAUCAUCAAAUAUAUUCGUUACAGUUCAUAUAUUUUAUAUUAUUGAAUAUUUUAAUCUUCAUGUUAAUCUUAUUGCCUAUACUCGAAUUAUGGUUUAACGUGAAGUAUAUAUGUAUAUUGUAUAUAUUGUAUUUUUUGUAUCAUUUUUACUGAAGAGAUCUAGUGUUAAAAAGUCUGGUGAGUUACACUAAAAAGGAGAAUACUGAAAGACGUGUAAGCUAUAUGAAAACAAAUAUCUUACAUCUUACAUCACAGAAAAUUUGAUAGCUUUCCUUGAAAUACUCCUUAGAAUUUAGGUUGGUCAGCAUUUUCUUUUUUUAGUGACUUCCUAGACUUUAAGAUGUGCAAAAUGUUAAUGAAUCUUAUUGUGGAGAUGGUUUGCAAUAAAUAUUUGAUUAAUUAC